AUGACAAACUUCAACAUCCAAAUCAUAUCAGACACUGUGUGCCCGUGGUGCUUCGUAGGCUACCGCCGGCUCUCAAGGGCUAUAACAACCCACAAAGCCUCAAACCCAGAAGACACAUUCAGCCUGCACUGGAAAGCAUUCUACCUCAACCCAGCAGCAGCCGCCUAUCCAGGCGUCAACAAGGCAGAGAUGUACACGCAGAAAUUCGGAGCUGAGCGGAUGAGCGCUAUCUUCUCGAGACUUGCCGCUGUGGGUGAAGGGGAAGGAAUUCAUUUCUCUUUUGGGGGGAAUACGGGGUCGACGCGGGAUUCGCAUCGACUACUGUGGUAUGCUGGUCAGCAGGAGGCUAAGAUGGCGAAGGAGAAGGAGGAGAAGCAGGGGGUGGUUGGGGGAGUGCAGAGUCGCGUUGCGGAGCAGUUGUUCCGGGCUUAUUUUGAGGAGGAGAAGAAUAUUACUGAUUUGAAGGUUUUGAUUGAGGCUGCUGUUGGGGCUGGGUUGGAUGGGGAUGCCGUGAAGAAGAUGUUGGAUGAGGACGUUGGGGCGGAGGAAGUGGAUUUGGAGGCUAAGACGGCGGCUAGGAGGUUGGUUUCUGGUGUGCCUUAUAUUUCUGUGCAGGGGAAGUAUCAUGUUGAAGGCGCGGAUGAGCCGGAGGCCUUCUUGGAGAUCUUUGAGAAGGUGAAGCGGGAGGAGUAG